UUCAACAACCAUUAUUUCCAUAAUAACAGUGUUGACUCCAUCUCUUUUUUUUUCUGCUUUAUAAUGGUAAUUUUGGCAACUUUUGUUGCAUUAUGGUAAUAUUCCAAAUGACAGGCAUGUAAAUGGAAAUGGGGACGCCUCUCCCCACAGGCAAAGUCAGACAUAUCCUACAAAGCAAUACUGAGCACAGAGGGGAGGAGUAAAAAUCCUGCUCAGCAGUUUGCACAGUCGGGGAGGUGAAUUCAUGUGGAACCCAGUACAGUAUUCAGUCAGAACUGAAGGCUGCAGCUCAAGGGAUCGCCAAUCUGACAUUUAAGGACCCGCAAAUGUUCCGUGCAGAAACAUCCUGAUACUUGUUGCUUUUUCGUCACACUUUUGGACGAUCCAGGUUGAAUCAUAUUCACAGGAGACAACAUGUUAGAGCAGGUUCUGUCAUUCGGCCGUUCCUUGGUGAGGCGAAAGUUGGUUGACAUGAGCAGUUUGGAGGAAUCCAAGCUCUGUCGUUGCCUGGGGACUGUGGACCUGAUCGCCCUCGGCGUGGGCAGCACUCUGGGUGCAGGUGUCUACGUCCUGGCUGGAGAAGUUGCCAAGGGAGACUCUGGACCUAGCAUAGUCAUCUCCUUCCUCAUUGCUGCCCUGGCCUCUGUCAUGGCCGGCCUUUGUUAUGCCGAGUUUGGAGCUCGCGUCCCAAAGACGGGUUCUGCUUACCUUUACAGUUAUGUAACCGUAGGGGAGAUAUGGGCCUUUAUCACCGGCUGGAACCUGAUUCUCUCCUAUGUGAUUGGUACCUCCUCAGUAGCUCGGGCUUGGAGCGGAACAUUUGAUGAAAUGACAGGAGGACAUAUUGAAAUAUUCUGCCAAACUUACUUCAGCAUGAACUCUCCUGGUCUGGCUCAGUACCCUGACUUCUUUGCAGUCUGUCUGAUUCUACUGCUGUCUGGGCUCCUGUCAUUUGGGGUGAAGGAGUCAGCCUGGGUAAAUAAAGUCUUCACCUCUGUCAAUGUGCUUGUACUCCUCUUCGUCAUCAUCUCGGGCUUUGUCAAAGGAGACACAAACAACUGGAAGAUAAGUGAGGAAUCUCUAGUCAAUGUCACCAUCGUAGUCAGGAACCUUUCAACCGUGGGCAAUGUGAGCAGUGAUUAUGGAGCUGGAGGAUUCAUGCCAUACGGUUUCAGUGGGACAUUAGCUGGAGCCGCCACCUGCUUCUAUGCUUUUGUAGGCUUUGAUUGCAUAGCGACGACAGGUGAGGAGGUGAGGAACCCACAGAAGGCCAUUCCCAUUGGCAUUGUGGUGUCACUGACUGUGUGUUUCCUGGCGUACUUUGGUGUUUCGGCCGCACUGACACUCAUGAUGCCUUACUACCUGUUGGAUGAGAAAAGCCCUCUUCCCAUGGCUUUUCAAUAUGUGGGAUGGAGCCCUGCCAAAUAUGUGGUCGCUGUCGGUUCACUAUGUGCCCUGUCCACCAGCCUGUUGGGCGCCAUGUUCCCCCUACCACGCAUUCUCUUUGCCAUGGCACGAGAUGGCAUUCUGUUCAAAUUUUUGUCCAAAGUGAGUAAGCGGCAGUCGCCUGUGGCUGCCACCAUGGCGGCAGGUACCACUGCGGCCAUCAUGGCUUUCCUGUUUGACCUCAAAGCUUUGGUUGACAUGAUGUCUAUUGGGACUCUGCUGGCCUACUCACUGGUUGCUGUGUGUGUACUGAUUCUCAGGUAUCAGCCAGAUAGCGCUUUGGAGCGGCAACGGAGAGGUGGCUGUAAAAGGGACUAUCAGUCCUCUGAGGAGGGCGAGUCCGAACUGACUGAAUCCGAGUCCCACCUCAACACGUUAAAAGCAGAAGGCUCACUUCUGCAGGCCUUAGUGCACCCACCCGUGUCCCCCUCUGAGCAUUCGUCCAGCAUGGUCAAAGUUUCCAUUUGUGUGCUAGUGCUGCUGGUGUGUGUGAUCAGCUACCUGUCCACUUACCACAUUGACUCCAUCGCUGGUCUAGAAGUAUGGAUCCUGGCAUCACUGUCUGUGUGCCUUUUCGUCUUUGGCGGUUGCGUGGUUGUGAUCUACAGACAACCACAGAGCAUUCAGAGGGUUUCCUUCAUGGUUCCCUUUUUGCCAUUUCUGCCAGUUCUGAGCAUAUUUGUUAAUAUUUACCUCAUGGUUCAAUUGAGUGGAGACACCUGGAUACGUUUCUCUGUUUGGAUGGCGCUAGGCUUCUUGAUCUACUUCGGUUACGGAAUGUGGCACAGUGUGGAACGCCAGCGCUUUCUUCAGGGCAAGAGCAGCAGUGCCAUGCAGACUGGCUCGCCGGCAAUAGAAAAGCAACUGGAGCAAUUUAUCUCCCCGGAGAAGACAAGUCAGUUUUAGAGUUACUUCAUUUUAGUGUUAAUACACUGUGCGGUGAAGUGUUUGCCCGACACACACGCAGCUUUGCCUUCAGGAACUUGUAUCACCAGCUUGACCAACUUGGGCCUCUGUGAAAGCCAUGUCAGUAUUUUGGGUCAGGGGUCAUAUCAUGAGGGGCUGCUCUGACGGACCACACACACUGCAUGACACGUUGUGGUUUGGGCACAAUGGAAAGGACAGGUAACACACUGGAGAGUGACUUCCCUCGGAUAGACGCAGUCAGGGCAAGACUGCAAUGAUUUUAGUAUGAACGUUAGAGCUUUUCUUGAUAAGCAGGUUGCCUUUGUAAAAUCCUUUUUUUUUAUUCCUCUCUUCCUUGAAUGGGGCAAGCAUGUUUUUUGGCUUUUGAUACACCAAUUUUGUGCUAUAUAGCACAACUUUAGGUACACUUACACAAUGUAAAGCGACACUGCUGCAAAGCACAAGCACA